UACGAUCAUGGAUUGUAAUGAUAAGUAGGAAGAAAAGGAUGGCGAUGACUUUCCAUGGUGGAGUUGAAGUGAACGAACGGGCCGGGCGCUGCUCUCUGCUGCUGCCGAACCCACUUUUGGUGGGAGCGAUUUUUGACUUGGCGCCAAGAUUUCGAGAAGACCUGGAAUCUCCAAAAAAAAAAAUAUCCGCCCGCAAGUCUGCUCUCACCAACAACGACGGAUACGAACCUGGAUUCCGCCUUUCGCCCUCACCUUAUUCCAAUAUGUCUUGCAGCGACGAGCUGGUCUGGUCCGUUAUAGGAACUGACUUUUGCAGUUUCAAACUCAAAACCACAAAAGAUCAGUCCUUUUGCAGAAACGAGCACAAUGUCAGUGGAUUAUGCACACGCCAGUCGUGCCCUCUCGCCAAUAGCCGAUAUGCUACCAUUCGCUCCGAUCCUGCUACCGGCAACCUGUACCUCUAUAUCAAGGCCAUCGAACGGUCACACCUGCCCUCCAAAUGGUGGGAGAAGAUCAAAUUGAGCCGCAACUACACCCAGGCCCUAGAACAAGUUGAUUCGCACCUUGCCUACUUUCCUAAAUUUCUGAUCCACAAAAACAAACAGCGUUUGACAAGAUUGACACAAGUCGGCUUGCGCAUCAAACGCCUUGCAAAGGAAGAAGAUCGCCUCGGCGAGAAGCUUGUACCGCGUCUGGCACCAAAGGUCCGCCGAAGAGAAGAGGGCCGUGAGAGGAAGGCACUCGCCGCUGCCAAGGUCGAACGCGCCAUCGAGAGAGUACUGAUCGACCGUCUCCGCUCCGGCGCGUACGGUGACCGCCCGCUUAAUGUCGAGCCAAAUGUCUGGAAGAAGGUCAUGCGCGGUCUGGAGAAAGAAGGGCAGGCACAACGGGAUGAGGAUCUGGAUGAGGGCAUCGAAGACGAAGACGAGGUCGAGAACGAGUUUGAGACUGAGAAUGGCGCGGUAGAUGUCGAAUACGUGAGCGAUAUUGAGGGCGAGUCGGAUGAUGAUAUGGAAGACUUUGAAGAUUGGGUCGGUGCCCAAAGUCCGGAUGAAGCAUCAGAUGACGACGAUGAAAGCGAGGAUGCUAGCGACAGCGAAGCUGAAGAGGACGAGUCGGAGGAAGAUGACGCUGCCGCACUCAAGAAGACGCUGGCCAAUCUUAAGCGGAAACGACCUGCUGGCCCGCCACCUAAGCCGAAGAAGAAGUCAUCCAAGGAUACCAAGGGGCCGCGGCGGAACAUUGAAUACGAAAUCGAGCGGGAACCUUCUACUCGCCAUGCUAUGGAAGCAUAAGAACUGUCGUAUUCACUACAAUACAUGGGCGUUCGGAGCUAGAUGCUGGUCUUAUUGGCGGUAUACCUUUCUAAGAAGUGUUACAUUUUCCUUUCAGCCCAACAAAGUGGAAGAGUUUGUAGAUCGUUUUACAUCGUGGUUGUUUCAACGUGGAUUCAUUCGGACGGAUUGUCUCACUGAUCAAGAUCCCGCAUUGUGUAGUACAGUUUUGAACAUGUUGAACAAACACGACAUUGUGAAGUGGACUACAAAUCAUCCACUAACACUUCCAUCCCGAAAACCUUUCUUUUAAAACCCCAACCCAUUUCUGUACAACGUAAGAAUUCCAGAUACUGGAUAAGCAAAGUGACAGAGUCCCAGUCACAUCAACACUACUGUAUUCGCAAUGCUUUCCUCUCCACCAAUCCACCCAAACCUGUCACCAUCCAAGCCUAUCCUCCCUCCUUCUGAAGUCCUCCGCAGCUGGGAGCAAGUCCUUGAUUCUAAAAAGUACAUCCAUAGUCUUCCCCAUACGCGCACCGGCUCCCUCAUCUCCUCCACACCUCCUAAAUCCACUGCUAGCAUUAUUACUUCUACCCCUUCUGUCUCCCGCUCUCCAACACCAACCCUAACAACCACUUCAACAUCACCCCCUUACCCAAAUAUUAUCACCGAAACUGGCUUAGCCACUCACAUCAAUCCUCUCGCCGAUACAUCUACACGCCGCGUCCGUCGC